CCACCAGCCGAAGAGACAAUUUUCCGCAGAAAUCAUAACAGAAAAGAUAGUUGGCGGGCCCUGGGAUACCCGGUUUAGGGAACGUAUUACGGAUUCGGGAGCGCCGGUAUCACUGGCAGAACCCUAAAGUGCGCAGCAGCAGCGAUAACAACAACAAAUCAGCCCGACAUAGCCCGGAGGAGGCGCAGUAAACCAGAAUCUUGAGCACCAAGGAGAGGAAGCGGAAAAGGAAGAGAGAGCGGAGGAGGAGGAGGAGAGAGCUAUACUGGCGAAUAUGUACUGGUGUAAUCAGAGUCUCUUGUUUUGAUUUUGUGGAAACGACGGCGUCACACUCGGGGCCUCCAAACAGAGCUCCGGGAAUCGGAUCGGAUAAAUCGCAGCCAUCGGAGGAGCAGCAGGCAGCAGGCAGCAGUAUCAAUCAACUUGUUGCCAGUUAUUGAUUUAAUAUACAGCGUCUGCUCCGGCCGUACGCGUCAAUUGAUCGGUGGAAUUGUUUCGUAUCGCAUAUAGAUAGAUUCCAUACCAUAUUUGUGUUCCUUGUUCGGGUUUCACUUGCCAGUUGCCCAUUGACCAUUGCCCAUUGCCCAUUGCCAGUUGCCAGUUUUCGUUUUCGUUUACGUUCACGGUUUCCCUUUUCUUGCGCCGUUCGGGGGGUGUUUACGGAAGUGGAAAGCGGAGAGCGGUCGGAACGAAUGGACGGAGGGUCGGCGGGGAAUUGACGCAAUUGCUGGGAACUAUUUUUAAUGGGCCCAGUACCCAACAGUACCCAGUUAGAAGUCCAAACCCAAAAAAAACCAAACCCAUAACCAAAACCAACAAGCAAGCGACGCACUUGAGCCGCUGAAAGCUGUCGAAAAUGUUUGAAACUCAUCAAAAAUUCAGCAGAAGCAGUAUUGAUACGACGUAGAACGUUUCGGAUUCGGGCCCCGGAUACCGGAGAGAGCAGUUGUCACCGGAGUUCGGACCACGCACUGGACACAAUGGAGCACGACCGCCACAACGACGACGACGGCGGCGACCACGAGCCGCGCCGUCGCCUGCCCCUCUUUCCCAUCGAACCGGAGCCGCCGAUGACGCCCACACAGCGCCUAACGCUCCUGGCCACACGCCUGCUACGUGCACUGCAGCUUAACUGGAGGAUUAUCAUUUCCGGAAUCACGCUGACACUCUUGGCCGUCAUCUGGUAUUAUCCGACCUUCUUUCUGUUCUUCGCCUUCGUCGUCUAUUCCCUGGUGCUGGUGGUUGCGGCUGUGGCCGGCACCGUCUAUAUCCAUUAUAUAUUCACCACCAACGAGCCGACGCGCCCGAGUCGCGUGCCCUCGCGCCUGCUCUACAAUGCCACCAAGUGCAACAUCUUCGACCUGCCGAAGCCCAUUAAGAACCCAUCGAACCUACCGCUCAUCUUCGGUAAGACGGUGGACCUGCAGCUCCAGCAGAUCAUCGAGUAUGUGCUGCGCGACUUCAUGCUACCCUGGCUGGGAUACGUGGUCACGAAGCCCAAGCUGAUAAACGAUGUGGUGCGCGAGGAUCUGUGGAACGCCAUUCAGAAGAUACACGAGCGGGCCACCAAAAUGGAUGCUGCCAAGAUUAUAGCCGUGGACAUGGUCAACCGGGUGACGGUGCACCUGGAGAAGAUACGCAUAGCGGAGGCCAGAGCGGCGGAGACCAACACGAUGCCGGUUUUCAGCACCAACAGCUACCUGGCCGACGAGGAGAUGGAGAUGGAGUUCCUACGCAAGCUGUGCGAGAUUAUGGUGAUCCUGCUGCUGCCCCGCGGCUACUCGCUGCCCCCGCUGAAGGUCCUCCUGAGCGAGAUCCUCUCCUACAAGAUCUUCUUUCCCAUGAUCAAGAUGCUGACCGCACCGGACUACAUCAACCAGAAGGUAGUCCAGAACAUAGAGACGCGACUGGCGGCGGCGGCGAUGAGCAAGCGGAGCUACGAGUAUGCGGCCAGCUUCGAGGACUUCCUCAAGAUCAUCAACAGCUCGGGCAGCCUGGAGGACCUCUCGCUGAUCCGCAAGAGCAUCGUGAACGACCUGAUGCACGCCACCACCAUGCAGAACCUGCAGCGUGCCAAGGGCCUGGACCCCGACCACGAGGACCAUUCGCUCUCCAAGGCGGAGCUGACCGCCGCCGUCCGGCUGAAGCGCUACGUCCGCCAGCUGACGACCGCCAAGGCCGAGUGCGAGAAGAACCUGGCCAAGUACGGCUGGAAUGGCAACUACUCCAGUGACGUCGACCUGACGCUGGUGGAGAUCCUCAACACGGCGGUGGGCCGACGCUACUUCACCCUGUUCCUGGAGCCGCUUAAGGCGAGCGCCCUGAUCGGCUUCUACCUGGCCGUGGAGGAGAUCAAGCACGCGCACAAGUCGGCCAGCCACCAGCUGGCCACCGAGAUCUUCUACACUUAUAUCCGGGUGCCCAAGUCCGAGAUCCAGAUCGAUCGCCACGAGCGAAAGCUGAUCGAAACGUUCCUGCUGGGCGACGCCGACCCGGACAUCUUCUACGACAUUCAGCGCAACGUCCUGCGCACCCUGGAGGAGAAGUACUACCCGCCGUUCGUGCUGAGCGAUCAGUACCGCCAGUUGAAGGAGGCCCUCGACUCCAACGAGAUUGCCGAUCCCACCCUGCUGAUGUGCCCCACGGGCGAAUCCUCGGAUCAGCUGGCUGACGAGCACUGCUCGGCUGGUCUGGAUGGAGUGAACGGCACGGGAAUGGCCGGAGGCGGUGCCGGGGCAGGUGGAGGAGCUAUAGACGUGGCGGCCCACACUUCGUACGCCCGCCGGAAGCUGGAGCAGAUCCAGGAGCGCAUCGACAAGAAAAACCAGGCGCUGGACGCCCUCAAGUACUCGGUGAAGCCCGAGUCCAAGGUCCUGUCCAUUCUCGAGAAGGAGAUGGAGUGGCUGAAGAGCGAGAAGCGCCAGACGGAGGCGCAUCUGCGGCGCACGGACGCCUGGACGGAGCACCUGGGCAAGUGGAAGGCGACCAUUCAGAGUGUGGAGGUUUCCGACGAAGAGUCCCUGCAGUUCAUGAUCCUGGUGCAUGUGGACGAGGAUAUCAAUGCUCCGCCCCAGCCAACGUCAUCCAAGAACGGAGAACCAGGUCACGUGGCUGCUAAUCUGCGCAAGCGUCCGUCGGGCAUAUCCAGCGGCUGGGUGGUGAUGCGCUCCCUCAACCAAGUACAUGAGCUGCAACGCAAGCUGCGGCACGUGAGCUCCAACCUGAAGGCCCUCGACCUGCCCACGAACUUCAAGUUCUUCUUCCUGAAGACCGACCGCCAUGGCCAGGACAAAGCCAAGGCGCAGAUCCAGAAGUUUCUCAACUUCAUUCUGGAGGAUGACCACCUGAACGGAAGCGAGGCCAUCUAUACGUUCCUGAGCCCCAGCUCGGACCACCUCAAGCAGUCGCUGCCGUCGCCCAAGAAGAGCAAGUUCUCGCUGGCCACCCUCUUCCGGAGCGACGGCGGAAAGGCCAGCCACGAGGCCGCCAGCCGGGCCACCGAUCCCUUCUGGGGGCUGCAGCGCGACGACGAAGACAUAUCCACGUACCUGGACGGAGAGUCCGGGGGCGAGGCGAAGCUGCUGGCCGCCGACCUGGACAGCAAGGACUCCAUUGCGGAGCCGAUGUACGCGCUGAUGGGCGAGAUCUUCGACAUGGGCGGCGUCUUCAAGUGGCUGCGCAAGAGCCUCAUCUCCUUUGUCCAGAUCACGUACGGCCGGACGAUUAACCGGCAGAUUCGCGAGUCGGUGGCCUACCUCUUCGAGGAGUCUAUGCUGCACAACUACUUCUCGGCGAUCCUCAAGUCCUUCUGGCCGGGCGGCGUCCUGGCCAGCGCCUAUCCGACUCGCUCGGAGGAUAUGCGCGAAAUGACCGCCACCGCGGCCAAGGCCCUGCUCACCGACCACAUCCCGGAGGUGCUGUGCAACCUCGUGGGCGCCCAGGCCGCAAAGAAAGGAGUCCUCAAGGUAUUCGAGGCCCUCCAGAAUCCCGCCUACAACAAGCAGCUUUUCUACGAGCUGCUGGAGAUCUUGAUGAUCGAAUUUUUCCCGGAGAUCCGCCAGCUGCGGGUGAACAACAACAACUCCAAUGGCACCAAGCUGAACACCGCCACUGCCGGGGCGGCGGCUGCUUCGGCGGCAGCAGCCCUGGCCGCGGCCACGGCGGCCGCCACAAUGCCCUCGCUGAACCACAGCAGCGCCGGCAAUACCUCGGCCAGUGCCGGGGGCCAGAACCAUCAUCACCAGGGCGCUGCGAUGGCAGCCGGUGGCGGCGGAGGAGUCUCGCUGACCGGCGCCGGGGGCGGCGGCGGAGGUGUGGGAUCCACCGCCGCCGGAGGAUCCUCGCACCAACAGUCACACUACCACCAUGCAGCAGCCCACCACCAGCCACACCAUCACCCGCACCACCACGCGCCGGGGGGAGGCUCCAAGUAGGCCUCCCGCCUGCCUGCCUGCUCCUGUUGUUUUCGUUUCUUGUUAGUCUUGGAAGUGUUACCCAUUACCGUAAUCCGUUGUGUUGGCUUUCAUCGACGUUGGAUGCUCUCUCCCCCUCUAGACGGUGGACAGGCAGACAGGGACGGAUGCUCUGCACUGCUCUAAUUCGUAGGACACCGCACUCAUAGUAGACCACUGUCCAUUGUCCAUCUGUCGAAUGUCCUUUGUUCUUUCUGUUUAUGUAUAUGUAUGUGUAUAUGUCUGUACAUAUUCUGUGUAUCUGUAUGUAGGCCAGUAUUAAGCGUUGUACCAAAUCGUUAUUUAUAUAUACUCGUAUAGUGAACUCUGUGACCACA